AUGCCUAAAGAGCAGUAUAUGUGCCAAUUAUGUGCAAAUCAUGGGAUUUUUAAUCAACCAAAGAAGGGACACAAACAGAAAUGUCCAUACAGAACGUGUCCAUGCUCUUUAUGUGCAUUAAAUACCAAACGACGAGCAUUAGAUCAAAUUGAAAGGCAAUUAAAGCACACAAAUGAACCAAUGACAGGACAAACUGCAACAUCAAUGGCAAGUCCAACACCAGAAUGUCCAUUAUCGCCUACUACACCAAAAAUGACUCCUCAUACUCCAACAUCAGGAAAAGACACUUUCAGGAACAGUAUAUCCAGUAGCAACAUGGCUUUUACGGUUCAACUUCCCGCCACAAUCACAAAAAAAGAAUUGAAACUGCUUCGUCGCGACGAUACUCCCCUUCAAAAUUCCCUAGAACGUCCAUUCCCAAGAAGUAUUGAUGAAGCAAUAGAAACUAUAAAGAAAGAGAAAAUGAGCAGUAUUUUUCAUUCGGCUGAAAUGUUAGCUGUUGGAGAAUCUGCCACGUCAUUGAUCUAGUCAUUUCUGCUGAUAUCAUUCUUUUUUUGUUUCACUAUCGAUUUGAAAAUCAAAUGUUUUCCAAAAAUUUUGAUUUCAAAGAAAACAGUUUUCUUUCCCCCGAGAUUUUGCUGU